UCUCUUUCAAAACGCUCACUUUCUCUCACUAAAAGCCUUCGUUUCCAAAAUCAGAAGAAGAAACCCCCACACACCAGUGGAGCAUAGGCACAAGUUUUUUGCAGAACAUAUAUACAUAUAUAUAUAAGAAUCUCCUACUCAGUUAGUUACGUAACGGUUUUAUUUUCAUUUCUUCCGAUCUUACCCUCCCUCCUCUAGCUUAUUUUGUCUAUCAUGCCACUCCCUUACCACCACCAUUAGACCUAAACCUCAACCACAGUUUCAUAGUCUCUCACAUAUAUGUUUACAUAUCUCCUUCAUUGAAAAACUUUUCGAUUUUUGGUGUUAUUACUGUAAAUUAGAAAAUGAUUACAUGGAAAGAUCUCUACACAGUUCUUUCGGCGAUGGUGCCCCUGUAUGUGGCCAUGAUUUUAGCCUACGGCUCCGUCCGGUGGUGGAAGAUAUUCUCGCCUGAUCAGUGCUCUGGCAUCAACCGGUUCGUCGCGAUCUUUGCGGUCCCUCUUCUCUCAUUUCAUUUCAUCUCCAUCAACAAUCCGUACCAGAUGAACAUGCGCUUCAUCGCCGCCGAUACACUCCAGAAGAUCAUCAUGCUCGUCGCGCUCGGCAUCUGGACGAACUUCACGAAGACCGGAAGUCUCGAUUGGAUGAUCACCAUUUUCUCGCUGUCCACAUUGCCCAACACUCUUGUGAUGGGGAUUCCACUAUUGAUCGCCAUGUACGGAGAUUACUCCGGCAGCCUCAUGAUUCAGGUGGUAGUGCUACAGUGCAUCAUCUGGUACACUCUCUUGCUGUUUCUCUUUGAGUAUCGCGGUGCCAAGCUGCUGAUCAUGGAGCAGUUCCCGGAGACCGCGGCGUCCAUCGUGUCGUUCAAGGUCGACUCUGAUGUGGUCUCGCUUGAUGGCCGGGACUUCCUCGAGACUGACGCAGAGGUCGGCGACGACGGGAAGCUUCACGUGACGGUGAGAAAGUCCAACGCGUCAAGGAGGUCGUUCAUGAUGACUCCCCGUCCAUCGAACCUCACCGGUGCCGAGAUUUACAGCCUGAGCUCUUCUCGGAAUCCGACGCCGAGAGGGUCCAAUUUCAACCACGCAGAUUUCUACUCAAUGAUGGGAUACCCAACGGGACCAAGACAUUCAAACUUCACAGGCUCGACGGAGCUACACUCCGUUCAACCAUCAAGACCGUCGAAUUUCGAAGAAAACUGUACAGUUCCAACGGCGGCUCAGGCGGCGAACUCUCCUCGGAUGGGAUUCUACCCUGCACAACAGCCAUCUUCGUACCCCGCUCCAAAUCCAGAAUUCUCAUCAUCUAACUUAAGCUCCAGAAGUCUCAAACAACAAAAUCAAGCUCCUGCUCCGAACAGUGCGAAAGCAAGUCACGACGCUAAAGAGCUUCACAUGUUUGUGUGGAGCUCAAGCGCUUCGCCCGUCUCAGAACGCGGCGGCAGCGGUGCCGGACUGCACGUAUUUGGCGGCGGCUCCGAGGAUCAAUCUGGACGCUCCGAUCAGGGGGCCAAAGAAAUUCGGAUGCUGGUGGCUGACGACCAUCACCCUCAUCAAAAUGGGGAAUUAAACAAAGCUAUUCCAGAUGCAGAGUUUGGAGGGGAAGAGUUGAAGCUUGUGGGGAAGGGAGGAGGAGAAGACGAGGCAGCUGCGACAGAAGGGGAAGAAGAGAAAGAGAAAGAGAAAGAGGGAUCCACUGGACUGAACAAGCUGGGAUCAAGUUCAACUGCAGAGCUGCAACCGAAAGCCGGCGGAGCAAUGGAGUCCGGCAUCGGAAAACAAAUGCCGCCGGCGAGUGUGAUCACGCGUCUCAUACUGAUCAUGGUGUGGCGAAAGCUUAUCCGCAACCCCAACACAUACUCAAGCCUCAUCGGUGUCAUUUGGUCCCUCAUUGCCUUCAGGUGGGAUGUGAAGAUGCCGAAAAUAAUAGAGAAGUCAAUCUCAAUCCUGUCGGAUGCAGGUCUUGGAAUGGCUAUGUUCAGUUUGGGUCUCUUUAUGGCUCUUCAACCAAAGAUCAUUGCAUGUGGAAACUCCGUCGCUGCCUUUGCCAUGGCUAUCCGGUUCCUCACCGGCCCGGCAGUGAUGGCAGCUGCAUCCAUCGCCAUCGGUCUCCGUGGUGACCUUCUUCGUGUAGCCAUUGUUCAGGCGGCGCUUCCACAAGGUAUCGUCCCCUUUGUGUUUGCCAAAGAGUACAAUGUCCACCCAGCCAUUCUCAGCACCGCGGUUAUAUUUGGGAUGCUAAUAGCACUACCAAUUACUCUAGUCUAUUACAUUCUUCUUGGCUUGUAGACUUUGCCCCAAAUCAAAGGUCGCUCUCAAUAUCUUCAUAAAUUCAUGUAAAAUUCUUAGGUAUAUCAAAUUUAGACAAAAAUAAAUAGAUCAAAAUAAUCACAAAAAAAUAUAUAUACAGGUAUGUCAGGCAAAUUUUCCGAAGGAAACUGAGAUGACUUCUUUAAUUCGGGCAUCCUUGUAUAUGUAUUUAUUUAUGAUUAACUUGAUCUAUUUAAUUUCAAUAAAUUUGGUUCUACUUAAGAAUAUUCAGAAGGUAGCAAGCUUGCAUGGAGAUGGCUAGAGAUGGGAUUGUUGAUGCUCAAAUAUUGAGGGAGAUAAAUAGUGGACCUAUUUGAAUCAUCGAGAUCUCUGAAUAUUGCAAAAUUUUUGGGGAAGAAAAAAAAACUUGUCUGAUUGGUCGGAAAUUCAAAAGUCAUUGCCCUAUUGAAGGGGUGCAGUUGAUCUAAAUUUCAAAACGAUGCUGAAGAUCGACGGGACCGAGUCGAGCAUUUGGGAGACAAACAGAGGAAAACAGGGAAGAAGGUUGAAUCUGAAUUGUAAAUUUUAUAUAUAUAUAUAUAUAUAUAUAUAAUGAAGAGUCUGAUGAAGGGUCAAGUGACUAAGAAAGAAGGUUUAAGAAUUCGGCUAGGGUGCUAGAGUCAAGGGAAUUGGAAUUGAAGUUCUUGAAGAAUGUUUCAUUUUUUAUUAAAAAAGAAAAAAGAAAAAAAUUAUUUGGUUAGGUUUUGAUUUUGUUAGUGAUGGUAUUUGUCGUUGAUUGUCCGGGAAUUCUGCAAUUAUUUGCGUUUGUCUCCUUUCUUGCUCUGGGUUAUGUAAAAUUUUCAAAUUCUUCAAAAAAUUUGUGAUGAAAAUAGUACAUCAUAUCAGCAA